AUGUCACUCAAGUUCCUAAUCGUGUCCGUGUCCCUCCUCUCCCCUGCCCUUGGCCUGGUUCCUCGCCAGUCGACCUCGUGCAGAGCGAUACCAGGGGACCCUGGAUGGCCCUCUACCUCUGCUUGGGAUGCUCUCAACAGCACCGUCCACGGCCGCCUCAGUGCUACAGUUCCCCUUCCCAGCGUCUGCCAUGACCAGCCCUUCGGAGGGUACAAUGAGGACGCGUGCACUGCGAUCAAGGCCGCAUGGCUUGACGAUACAACCUUUCUGAGCAAUGCAGCCGAAAUCAUGAACCCAGGCACCCAGAAUUACUCCUGUGUCCCGUUUUCCUCUCCCUCGCAGUCCUGUGCAAUGGGCAAUUACGCCAGUUACUCGAUCAAAGUCACCGGCGCAGAAGAUGCUAUUGCGGGAAUUAAAUUCGCACGCCAGAAUAAUAUCCGGCUGGUGAUUAAGAACACUGGUCAUGAUUUCUCUGGAAAGUCCACGGGGACCGGGGCACUCUCCCUAUGGACACACCACUUGAACACGACCGAGAUCAUACCCUCGUACAAAAGCACUGCGUACACUGGACCAGCUGCGAAACUGGGAGCCGGUGUUAUUUCAGGUCGCGUCUACCAAGUUGUCGCCGAGGCAGGCUACCGGAUCAUGGGAGGGACUUGCCCAACCGUCGGUCUUGCUGGAGGAUACACUUCGGGUGCUGGGCAUUCUCUGCUCAACGGCGCAUAUGGAAUGGCGGCAGAUGCGGUCCUUGAAUGGGAGGUCAUUACAGCGCAGGGAGAGCACGUCAUUGCCAGUCAGUCCAACAACACUGAUCUCUACUGGGCUCUGAGUGGCGGCGGUCCCGGCACCUUCGCUGUCGUCCUCAGCAUGACUACCAGGAUCUUCCCCGAUGGCCCAAUUGGAAGUGGAAUCCUGCUCUUCAAUAUCACCUCAGACAAUACCGAGCAAUACUGGGGUGCGAUCGAAGAUCUCUGGGCGUUUUUGCCUGACUUUGUCGACGCUGGCCCGAAUACGUGGGACUUUGCCCUAACUCCCACGGGCUUCCAGGCAUAUGCCAUCACCGUCCCGAACCAGAACGGCACCCAGGUGAAGAGCCUCCUACAGCCAUGGCUAGAUGCUGUCACCAAGCGCGGUAUCAAAUACUCUUACAUUCCCACAGACUCGUCAAGCUACCUGGAAUACUUCUCCAGCCGAUUCGGGCCUGGAAUUGCCGGUGCAGGACCAGCAACCGUCCAGCUUGCCUCGCGUCUGAUCCCUCGUGCAGCCAUGUCCAACUCCACCGAAACCAAGGCCAUCGUGAACGCACUCCGAGCUAUCGUCGAAGAAGGCGAGAACCUCCAACUAGGCUGCCACGCCCUCAACGUCGGCAACAUCGAGCACCCCGACAACGCCGUCCUGCCAGCCUGGCGCAACGCAAUCGCGACCUGCAACAUUGUCAAUUACUGGGACUGGAACAUCACCGCUGCAGAGAUGCAGUCUCGCAAGGACCUGCUGGUGGACCACCUCAUCCCGCAGCUUGAGGAGGCCACUCCGGGGGCAGGCACCUAUCUUAACGAGAUCGACGCCCAGUGGAAGGGCGACUGGAUCACGGAGCUCUACGGAGAGAACUAUGAUCGUUUGCUCGAGAUCAAACACAAGUAUGAUCCCGAGCACACGUUCUAUGCUAGGACUGCCAUCGGGAGUGAUUCGUGGUUUGCGGAUGAGGAUGGUCGUCUGUGCAGGGCAUAA